AUGUCAGUUGUAGGCAUUGAUGUGGGUUUUCAGAAUUGUUACAUCGCUGUUGCCAGGAGUGGCGGCAUUGAAACCAUUGCGAACGAGUACAGUGACAGAUGCACUCCGGCUUGCGUGUCUCUGGCCUCAAAAAAUCGCACUGUUGGAAAUGCUGCCAAGAGUCAGAUCAUAACAAACUUUAAAAACACACUCCAUGGCUUCAAAAGAUUCCAUGGUCGAGCGUACGAUGACCCUUUUGUCCAGGGAGAGAAACCCAAACUGCCUUACAGCCUUCAUAAACUGGCCAAUGGCAGCACCGGUUUUAAGGUACGCUACCUGGACGAGGAGAAGGUGUUCACCAUUGAACAGGUGACGGCCAUGCUGCUUACCAAGUUGAAAGAGACGUCGGAGAAUGCGCUGAAGAAGCCUGUGGUGGACUGCGUCAUAUCUGUGCCUAGCUUCUUCACUGAUGCAGAGAGGAGAUCUGUGAUGGAUGCCACUCAGAUUGCUGGGCUGAACUGCCUGAGACUAAUCAAUGACACUACAGCUGUGGCUCUGGCAUACGGCAUCUAUAAACAGGAUCUACCAAACCCAGAGGAGAAGCCCCGGAAUGUUGUGUUUGUGGACAUCGGUCAUUCAUCGUACCAGGUUUCUAUCGCUGCCUUCAAUAAGGGCAAACUGAAGGUUUUGGCUACAGCCUUUGAUCCAUACUUGGGCGGGCGUAACUUUGAUGAGGUUCUAGUGGAGUAUUUUUGCGAGGAGUUUAAGAAUCGUUAUAAACUUAAUGUGAAGGAAAACCCCAGGGCUGUGCUAAGGCUCUAUCAGGAGUGUGAAAAACUCAAAAAGCUCAUGAGUGCCAACUCCUCCGACCUACCACUCAACAUUGAGUGCUUCAUGAACGACAUUGAUGUGACGGGGAAGAUGAACAGAGGCCAGUUUGAAGAACUUUGUGCUCAGUACUUGAUGAGAGUUGAGGCACCUCUGAAAGCAGUUUUGGACCAGUCAAAGCUGAGCAGAGAGGAGAUAUAUGCUGUUGAAGUGGUGGGAGGUGCCACCAGGAUUCCAGCCAUUAAAGAGAGAAUCUCCAAAUACUUCUGUAAAGACAUCAGCACCACGCUGAACGCAGACGAGGCUGUGGCACGGGGGUGUGCCCUGCAGUGCGCAAUCCUGUCUCCAGCAUUUAAGGUGCGUGAGUUCUCCAUCACUGAUGUGGUCCCCUUCCCAAUUACUCUACGCUGGAAAUCUCCCACAGAUGAGAGCUUUGGGGAAUGUGAAGUGUACAGUAAGAAUCAUGCAGCUCCGUUCUCCAAAAUCAUUACCUUCCACAAGAAGGAGCCCUUUGACUUAGAGGCAUUUUACAGCUGUCCACAAGAACUCCCAUAUCCAGAUUCCAGAAUAGGUCGAUUUACAGUCCAGAAUGUUGUUCCGCAGCCUGACGGAGACAGCUCAAAGGUAAAGGUGAAAGUGCGUGUGAACUUGCAUGGCAUCUUCAGCGUGUCUAGUGCGUCUCUGAUAGAGAAACAGAAAGGGGAGACAGAUGAUGUGCAGAUGGAAACGGAUCCCACUAUACAGAACGAGGGCAGGCCAGAGGAUCAGACUAAAAUGCAGGUGGACCAAGAAGGCCAAGGGGACCAGCCUACAGAGGAGGGAAAAAUGCCAAGAUCUAGCAGUAAAGAAGGCAUGUCAUCAAAUAAACAGGAACAGGGGGUGGGCAGCACCAAACCGAAAAUGAAAGUGAAAAGUGUGGAUCUGCCAAUCUUGACAAACGCCCUCAGACAGCUGGACAGGGAGGUGCUCAAUGGCUUUGUGGAGGAUGAGGGGAAGAUGAUUGUUCAGGACAAGCUGGAGAAGGAGAGGAAUGAUGCAAAGAAUGCAGUGGAGGAGUACGUGUAUGACCUAAGAGAUAAACUGUGUGGAGUCUAUGAGAAAUACAUCACUGAAGAUGACAGCAGUAAGCUGACUCUAAUGCUUGAAGAUACAGAGAACUGGCUGUAUGAAGAGGGAGAGGAUCAAGCAAAACAGGUCUAUUUGGACAAACUGGCAGAGCUCAAGAGAUUUGGAGAGCCCAUAGAGGAGAGGCACAGGGAGCAGGAGGAAAGGCCACGGGCUUUUGAUGAACUAGGCAAGAGGAUCCAAAUUUUCAUGAAGGCUGUGGAGGCAUAUAAACAGAAGGAUGAGCGCUAUCAGCACCUGAGUCCUGAGGAGAUGAAUGUGGUACAGAAGAGUGUGAAUGAUGCCAUGACCUGGAUGAACACCAAGAUGAACGCCCAGAGCAAACUCACCAUUGCUCAGGACCCAGCAGUCAAAGCAGCAGAGAUCAUCUCCAAAAUACAGGAAUUGGAGGAGGUUUGCAACCCUGUGAUAAACCGACCCAAGCCCCAAAUCGAGGAGCCCACAAACGAGGGUGACAAGAACAGUGGGGCCCACAAUGGGCCGGCAGCACAACCAGCAGGAGCAGAGGGCAAGGGCAGUGGCAGUCAGCAGACAAAACCUCCCUCUGGGGAAAUGGAAGUGGACUGA